UUCGCUGUGAAUGACAGUCUUGUACUGUAAAUACACAAUUUACAAUAACAGAUGUCAUCAGUCGACGGCAUGCAAAUCAACGACCGAUAAGAGGGAACCUUUGAGCGGAGCGGGGGAGGCGUCAGUAAAUUGUGACAUCGGCGAUGGGUAGUUUCAGGAACUAGAGAAAAAGGGCGUGUGUUAUUAGUAAUCAGACACGCAAAAAAGUCCCACAGUCGAACUGACAGCGAGGGCGCACGAAGGAGCGGACAGGAGAAUACACACUUCAGCGCGACUUCUGUCACCAAUAUUAGCCUACGUAGCUAAUUAUUUUGGUCUUUUUUUAAAAAAGGAAAUCAAACAUCGAGAAAGAACUGGAUUGUUUAAACGCCACAUUGUUUUCAGCCGCAGCACUUGUGUCGGUGGUACGGAUAUCACAUUCCUUUUAAAAGAGGACAGUGGACGCGCAGCCGGCUCUCGAGCUUUGCGUGGGUAAAAUGUCUACGGUGGAUUGUAUUUUAUCUCGCAUUUUAGCUGUCUGAAUAAUCAAAGCCACGGAGGACCGUUGAGUCACUGGAUCUUCUACGGGAAGGUUAUUUCUCAAGUGCAAGAGAUAUAAACUGCGCUUUACGUUGUGUAUUGCUCGGGAUUUCCAACAGCCUCUUGGUCAUAAACAUACGCCGGCUCAUCUUUCGCUGUGUAAAAUUUGAGACACACGGGAGCUAUGCUCCAGCAGAUAAUGCCUUUGUGGAAAAUCGCAUGCACCUGAUCCAAGUUAAUCAGAUUAUGAAGAUACUACAUCACUGUGUCAAUGACGGGUAAGAUGGAGACCCCUUUUUAUCACGAUGACACGCCGAGCCUUCCCAAUUUUGGACAACUUCCAGAUUAUGAAAGGUACCAUAACCACAAGAUGAUGAGUAAGAAAAACAUGGCAGGCCAUAAUUUCCCUGGCACUAUGGGAGGCAACUCGGCUCUAAAGCUCCUGCAAGAGCAUUCUGGAACUAACGGCAACAUCAACCCUAAUAACCUGGCUAUCAACAGUAACACAAACAGCUCUUUAAUGCCCUCGCCGGAUAUGAACCUCCUCAAGCUGGCUUCUCCUGACUUGGAGCACCUCAUCAUUCAGUCCAACCAGGGGCUGGUGACGACCAGCCCAGCGCCAAGCUCCACGGGCAACCCCUUCAUGUACAGAAACCAGGCAACUAAUGAACAGGAGGGCUUUGCGGACGGCUUUGUCAAGGCCCUGGCCGACCUCCACAAACAGAACCAGCUUAUUGGGGCGCCAAUUUCCCCAUCCUCCUCCAUUCAGGGUCCUUACCAGAGGAACAUCAUGCCCAGUGCAGAAAUGCCCAUUUACACUAAUCUCAGCAGCUACAAUCCCAACCAGAUCUCAGUGUCCGCCUCCUACCCGGGUGGCCAGCUGCCGUACGCGGCCACUGGCCACGCCUCAGGUCACAGCGGACAGGGGCAAGGGCCCCACCCCCACGGCCGGGGACUGGACGCGCCCCAGACGGUGCCCGAGGUGCCCCACCCACCGGGUGACCCCACCAGCUCCCCUCCCUCCCUCUCCCCCAUCGACCUAGAGACCCAGGAGCGCAUCAAAGCGGAGAGGAAGAAGCUCCGGAACCGCAUUGCCGCCUCAAAGUGCCGCAAGAGGAAGCUGGAGAGGAUCUCGCGCCUGGAGGAGAAGGUGAAGGUGCUGAAGACCCAGAACUCUGACCUGGCCUCCACCGCCAGCAUUCUGCGAGAGCAGGUGGCGCAGCUCAAACAGAAAGUCAUGAAUCAUGUCACCAACGGAUGCCAGAUAGCGGUGAGCUCAGCCACGCUGGCGAAAAGUGGGGAGAGCACCAGCUGCUGAACUUCAAUGAAGAGGGUUUUUUUGCCAUCACUGUUUGAGUCAGUCCUGUAGAGAAAUUAUUAGAAAAUUAAUAAUAAUUAUGGCAGCUGAAGUAUGGAAGAUGAGAGGUGGGGAGAGACCCGUCUUUCCCGACUUUGACGCCUCAGACUUUUCUGAAGCGAGCUACAGUUGUACAUUGGAUAUAAGACAUUUGAGGUUUUUGUUAGUUUUUGAAUUGCUCCUUAGUGCUCUCUGAAUGGACAGCUGUACCAUGCAGAUUGUUGCGUUGAUUUGUCCACAGGCUACCCGUGGAAAAAAAGGAAACCAUAUGUCACAGCUUAAAGAGUAUGACCUUUAAAGAGUAUGGCGCUUUUAGGAUCAUGUCAAAGUAAGGAGACGAUGAACAGAGGGAAAAGGGGGAGUUCUACUGCAUAGCAGCGCAGUGGAAUUAAUCAGAAGAAAAAAAUAUUGGGGUUUGACUGGGGAAAAAAGGGAGUCCCAGCAUGCUGGCUAUUGAAAUCAGAAGAAAGUGGAGUUUCCACAGUUAAAGUUCAUCUGAGACUUCAUGGAGGCAAAAUCAGACAAAAGGUGACUUUGCUUCCAAAUUGUGAUGUAUUUAGAAAAACUACACCUUAGGUUAAAGGAAAGUGAGAGAGAGGGUGAAAUGAAGAGGUUUUACAGGAAUCAUAGUCAUAUAUUAUUAACUGCAAACUUUGCAUUUCGAAGAAACAAACUGACAUUACAUUAGGAUGAGCUAUAUGAUGUGAAUUUGAUUUUUAGAACAGUUCUUCACGAAAAGUGAAAUUUGUCAUAGGCAGACCUAAUGUGGCACAUAAGUGCCAUGUGUGUAUACCUUGUAUUUACAGUCGUCUUGAGUGAAAUAUAUUUCAAAGUCACAAAUAUUAUUUAGUCAAAGUGUCCCCAUAUUACUGAAGUUGAUACCCUUGGCUGUGUUGUGAUGUAAGUACAAGUGUAGAUUUGCUUGUCUGAGUCACACCUUGUCUUUACAGUAUCAUGGAGUAUUGUUUGUUUUUUGC